CUCCCGCGACUACUUCUUGGAGCCACUCAGUAUCUCCAAUCGUGUGGUACCGUAGUGAUCUUCUGCACAGUGUCCAUCUUUUUCCUCGAUAACUUCCACCUUAACUUCUACCACAAAACCCUCAUUCCUAGGCAAAACCAAUUCAUCCCAAAUGUGGACAAAAAGUGGACUAAUUGUGGCAUUCUUGGUGACUCUGGUCAUCCAACAAAUUGCAGCAUCACCAGCAUUACGAGUAAAGCGCAACGAUGAUCUCGACGAUCACCUGGAUCCCCUCAAUCAAGUGGAAGACAGUGGCCAAGGCUUGGAACGGGAAAAGCGAAAACUGCCUGAUGCGGUUUUUGGUACCAAAAAUGCCCUCCUUGGAUUAGUUUUCAGUAAAAUUGAUUCGCUAAUUGAUUCGAAAACGCGCUUUAUCGAUGUACUGGAUCAAACCAACAUUGCCAAGAAUAAGCAAUUGGGCAUCGAGAGUCCACCACAGAUUAACAGUCUGCAGAGCCUUAUCUCAGCCGUGAUUACGCCCAAGAUUCAGGCCAUCACGAACAAAUUCGGCGGACUCAGUGGAUCCUUCCUUGGUGGUUCGGGAACGGGCUUUGCAACAUCCGGCGGCGAAACUGGAGAUGAUGCUUCUGGUGGUGGAAAUGGCUUUGGUGGUAUCCUCACAUCCCUGCUGCGAUUCUCCGGACCCAUUCUCUCAUCAUCUUCCGGAGGUACCCAAUCAACAGGAGAUGAUGAUCUUGGUGAAGAUACCGAUGAUGAACGCAAGUAGACAAUUCAUUCAUCCCCAUCAUCCGGAACAUCUUGCUGGAGCACCCCUUCAGCAACCUUGAUCACCAGCAGCAUCUCACUUAUUUAUCCGAGAGCAUUUAGGGAGGAGAAACAGCUAAUGGGAGCGGGAACGUUUUAGGACAAAUGAGAUCUAACACUUCACAGUGCAGAAGUGAAUACAAAAUUUUAAGAUGAGGCUGUGAAGCAAAUUUAUUGAGCUGACGACACUAAACUCUGAAGAGAAGGGUUUCUAGCAAUGUUUGUUAACAGUUUAAGGUGAAUUCGUGGUAAAAAUGGCCCCAAGUAGUAUGGUAGAUUUUACCACGCAACGUGGUUAUAUUUUAACUCUGUCAGGUCUGUCAGAAAUAAUCUUAGAAUAGUUUGUGGUAGAUACGACCGCUCUGAAGGAUAAAGUUUGUGUUUUU